AUGACAGUAUGCCAGUAUGCUGCAAAAUUUGCAGAGUUAUCAUGCUUCGCCCCAUAUUUGAUCCCGAAUGAAGAGAAGAAGGCCAGGAAGUUUGAAGAAGGCCUGAAUUACCAAAUAUAUGAACAGGUAAUGGUCUUGCAGAUUCAGAGUUUUUCGGAGUUAGUGCACAAGGCAAUUUUAGUAGAACAAAAUAUUAAGAGGGGUGUGGAAUUGCAAGAAACAAGAAAGAGAACUACUCCACAAGGAUCCUCGAGUAUGGAACAAGGGCCAGGGAAGAAGAGAAAUGAAGGGAGCAACUCAGGUCAAAAGCGAAUGCAAGGAUUUCAAUCGAAUAACCUCUGCAAUUUUUGUAAUAAUGCACACAUGGGAGAGUGCAGGAAAGAAAUAAGGACGUGUUUUCGAUUUGGAAAGUCCAGACAUUUUAUCAAGGAUUGUCCUUUGCUUCUGUCGGAUAACAGGAAGCCUAGCCCACCUCCAGUUUCCCAACAAACAAGUCAAGGAAAUAAUCAAUGUAGAAUGGGACCAGCCCGAGUGUUUGCAUUGACAUCUGAAGGUGCGGAGGACGACAACAAUGCAAUCACAGGUACCUCACUCUUUUUUUUCUCCUUGAAAGCUUUAUGUCUUAGCUGA